AUCGUCGUCGCCUCGGUCCCUCCAUAGGAAGAACAUAUCCCCAGCCGAACCGAAACCAAACUGUCUGAAACCAAACUGAACUCAACUGAACCGUUCUGCUGACUUCCCGUGCACUCGUGUCAGUUGCGUUUUGCGUUCCGUGCGGUGCGGCUGCGUUACUAGCUGAUUUCUAGUGAUUUAUCUGAGUUACAACAGUUCAAAUUAUUUUAAAACCAAUUAAAAACAAACUCGUUCAGAAUUGCAUUACCUAUGAACUCGCAAAUUCCCUUAAACAAAUAAUUAAGAAUAAAGCUUUAAAAAUAAACCACAGUAAUGUGUGAGACAGUUAAAAUAAGCAACACCAAUAAUACCACAAAAUCCAUCAAAAUGUAAAUGAAACCAGCGUCGUGUAUCACAACACUGAAGAGAUUUGGCCGAUAAUAAUGCAUUAAGUAAAAGCAAAUAUUUGCCGAACAGCUGUUGAAUAAUUUGCAUAAAUCAACGUUGGAACAACACUUUGGGCUCUAGUUCUGCAGAGCUGCCCGAUGAUAAUUAAUUAUUAAUGCAGGCAAGGAUGUGUACGGCUGUCCUUGGCAGCGAAAGCAAAUCCAGCAAAUGCAACAGCAGUGAGUGACAGGCGGCAAUCACAAAAGACCUGCAGCAGCAGCAACAGCAGUUGCAACAACAUACGCCAUGGCCAGUGGCAACAAUGAAACUGCGCCGCUCUACUGCGGCAGCGGCAUGGAUAAUUUCCACACAAGCUACAAAAACAUGCACGGCUAUGUUUCGCUGGUGGUCUGUAUCCUGGGCACCAUAGCAAAUACCCUGAAUAUUAUUGUGCUAACGCGACGCGAGAUGCGUUCCCCCACGAAUGCCAUUCUCACGGGUCUGGCCGUGGCCGAUCUGGCAGUUAUGCUGGAAUAUAUACCCUACACCAUACACGACUACAUCCUAACGGACAGUUUGCCGCGGGAGGAGAAGCUCAGCUACAGUUGGGCCUGCUUCAUCAAGUUCCAUUCGAUUUUUGCCCAGGUCCUGCACACCAUAUCUAUAUGGCUAACCGUAACCCUGGCCGUUUGGCGUUAUAUAGCUGUGGGUUAUCCGCAGAAGAAUCGCGUUUGGUGCGGCAUGAGAACCACUAUAAUUACCAUAACCACAGCCUAUGUGGUGUGUGUUUUGGUGAUAUCCCCUUCACUUUAUUUGAUCACGGCCAUUACGGAGUACGUUGAUCAGUUGGACAUGAAUGGCAAGGUGAUAAACUCGAUUCCCAUGACCCAGUAUGUAAUUGACUACCGCAUUGAAAUAAUGAGUUCUAAGGCGGCUGCCCUGAAUGCCACGCCCCCUAGCAGUGCACCGCCGAACGAAACUGUGUGGUUGAAUGUGAGUUCCUUGAUAACAUCGACAACCACUUCGGCACCACCCACUCCAUCGCCAGUGGUGCGAAAUGUGACGGUUUAUCGCUUGUAUCACAGUGAUUUGGCGUUGCACAAUGCCUCGCUGCAAAAUGCUACUUUUCUUAUUUACGGUGUGGUGAUUAAACUGAUCCCGUGCAUAGCACUGACCAUACUAUCGAUUCGGCUGAUCCUGGCACUAUUGGAGGCCAAGCGGCGGAGAAAGAAGCUGACCAGCAAGCCCGUAGCCCCGGCUGCCAGUAAUGGUGCCAAAUCGGUGAUCAAUGGUAAAGCCGCCGAUAGACCGAGAAAAAAUAGUAAAACCCUGGAGAAGGAAAAGCAGACGGAUCGCACUACUCGCAUGUUGCUGGCGGUGCUGCUGCUCUUCCUGAUCACCGAAUUUCCACAGGGGAUCAUGGGCCUGCUGAAUGCCGUACUCGGAGAUGUCUUCUACCUGCAGUGCUACCUGAGGCUGAGUGACCUAAUGGACAUUCUGGCCCUGAUCAACUCCAGCAUCAACUUCAUUCUGUACUGCUCGAUGAGCAAACAAUUUCGGACUACGUUCACGCUGCUAUUUCGUCCCAAAUUCCUGGACAAAUGGAUGCCGGUGGCGCAGGACGAGAUGGCAGCAGCUCGGGCCGAGCGCUCGGCGGUGGCACCUGUCCUGGAAAAAGGACGACAGCAGAGCCAGGUGGUGACGGCCGCCACGUCCACCAAUAUCACGCAGGUGACGAAUCUGUAGCACAGGCGGAGGAGUCGUGGUCGCCGCACUCAGCUCAGCCGCCUGCUGAGUGUCCUGAAACGCAGCAGAGGGGAGUCAUCCGGCGGAAGGGGCGGAGGGCCUGUGGCCGGAAACGGGGCAGUGGAGCCCGAGGCGGAUCCCUUGGCCCUGCAGUUCCAGGCCAUUGUUGUGGUCGUGGACAAAGUGAGCGGGGCCACGGAUCACCAGCUGUACCCAGCUGAACCAUCUCGAAUUGUGACGUAGUGUUACCCACAUGAUAUAUACCAUACGCUUAGUUAUCCUUGUAAAAAGUAAACUAGUUGUGUAAGAGCCCCAGCUAAGCUCGAGUUAUUUGCAUACUUUGGUGAGAAAUCGUAAAAGCCGCAUAGUAAUAGCAAUAAAACGCUAGCUCAUCGCUCAUACGCACCAUUGGAUUCGGCUAUAUUCCCUCUUCACACUCAAGUGGAAGCUGUAAAAACACCGUCAUGAAUUCGCAAAUAAAACUUACAGCUGGGAUCAAAAUAUUAGAAUUUUCACCCUGAUUUACCAGCUAGUUACAUUUAUUUACAAACAUAAAUAUAAAUGAUAACUUUCACAGUUUCCAAAAAUGUAACUUAAAAUGUUUAAUUCUGCGAUGAGAACAUUUUUUUAUUUAUGCACAACUAUCUCUAUUUGUAGUAUUUUGAACACAGCUGUACAGCUUUUCUACAUAAAUCAAAUCAAAAAUGCUAAGCUCUUGCAUCUUUUUCAUUUUGAUCCCAUGCGUUUUCAUGUUGAUUUCAUUCGCAUAAAGUAUGCAAUAAACGUGCUCACUCAAAACUACGAAUUUUUGGCAUCGAUUUAAGGAGUAUAUAUUUGCAAGAUGUUGUAAAUACAUAAAAUAUAGGCACACAUUUAUGUCCGUUUGUUUAUUAAUGGCAAAUUAGACUUAAUUGUACGCAAGAAUGUCUUAGAAAUAUUUUUAUAGACUUAGUUGAAACGAUUUUGAUGCAACCAUUGGACAAAUAAGAGGCAGUUGCAGUGAGGUGCGUUAGGUAAAUGAAAUAUUUUGUAAAUUCUUUGAUACGAAAUCGGAUUUUGGGCUGUGAAUGAAAUUAUGAUUUUCCUUAAACUCAUUUGGGAAUACGCUCACGCUUCAUGGGUUUUUUUCUGAAUUUAUUGGAAAUAAUUUAAAGGCAGUCACUGCAUCUGACCGAAUAAUCCAAUGAAACAAUGCAUAAAUAUUUGCAAACUUUUUCCUCUCUUGGGAAAAUUGAAAUUGAAAUCGCUUAAGCCCCUCGACAAAUGACAAAUGGCCAGCGAACGCAUAAAUUAUGAUGAUUGAAGUAUUUGCAAUUGAGCCCCGACAAAUAUUUUCAAUCUCGUUAAUAAUGAACACAUAAAUCAACCACACACACCUUAAAUAUAAGUACAUGUGAAUACACAAAAAUAAAUGUAAUUAUUUGUUGCUUUUACAACGAUUAAAUUAAAUUAGCUACUAAA